CAAUACAAGUUAUGUUAUGGACGACAGAUGUUUCAAAGACGUGACACUUCCUAAAAUCUUUCGGACGGUGAUGAGAAAACUAACAAAACAAAAUCACAUAAAUAGUUUGAAAUCAGAACUGAAUCUGCUGAAUAAAAGAAUAAACUAAGAGACAGCUACUUUAGCUUUGUACAGCGACUAUGAAAUUCAACAUUUUAUAUUUCUAUGUUGUAGCCAUUUUAGGAGACCUGUACUAUAUGAUAGAAGGAAGAUAUUUAGCAGUUCAAGAAAGACUUUUCGAAGAUCUACUAAAAAACUAUCGAAAGAACUGGAGACCAGUACACGACCAAGAAUGCGCGCUUCCAAUAACGUUCAAUCUUCAACUGGUGAAAAUCCUAGAUGUUAAUGCAAAAUUGCAAAGAAUGAGUGUUCUGUCAACAGUGUAUCAGGAAUGGCAAGACGAGUAUCUUCGCUGGAAUUCUUCUCAAUAUUCUGGAUUUACAUCUAUCAACAUUUCACCGAGUAAAAUAUGGGUUCCUGAUCUACAACUUUAUAAUGAAGUUGAAAACAAAGACCACAAGAAAACAGGAAUUAGCACUAAAGUUAUUGUGUAUUCUAAUGGCACUUGCCGCUGGUCAUAUCCACUCUUUAUUCAUGUUAUGUGUUCCAUUGACGUGUCGUAUUUUCCUUUGGAUCUUCAAAAAUGUUUCCUGAUGUUAGGAUCGAUGACCUAUACAAAACAUGAAAUUAUCAUUACUCAGCCACGUAAGAGACACAUUACCCCAUCGUAUAAAAACGAGGAAUGGACUAUAUACGAAAGCAGCAUAAAGGCACGAGAGUUUUGGGACGAAAAAAGAGAAAACAGUUAUUCUGUCGUGGAAAUUUCAUUGAGCAUGGAACGAGGUUCUUUGUAUUUCAUCACCGAAAUGCUUAUUCCAUGCUUUCUUAUAGCCUGCCUGACAAUUUUAGGUUUUUUUCUGCCACCUGCAUCAGGCGAACGAAUAAGUCUUUGCAUGUUGAUUUUACUUGCAAUGACAUUCUUUCAACAACUCACGAUGAAAAUUAUUCCAUUACAAGAUUUCCCUAUUAUAUCACAAUAUUUCUCAAUCAUGACCGUAGAAAUUGGUUUUACGCUUGUAAUGACGUCCCUCACGCUAAACUUCCACUAUCAUUCACCCUCAAAAAUGCCGGACAUUAUGAAAAAGAUUAUCAUAAACUGUCUAGGAAAAGUCACACGAGUAACACCAAGCACUAACAAAGAAAAAAAGACUAGUGGAAUUCAAAGCAGACGAGUGUCAAAACAAUGUGAAAAAGAUUCACACAAUGUUUCAAACCAUGAUGAAACAAAAUCUGAUGAGGAGUUACGUCAUUCAAGGUUGCAAAUCAAAACUCAACAAACUGAUUCAAAAGAUUUAUCAACUGAAUGGUUGAAGGUCAGAAAGAUGGACGAAAACACGUCUACUCAAAACCAGUCAAAUUUUGCUGCCCGAACAGCAAAUACAGACAUCAAUCAUUGCACAAAAGAUGAAGAACAACAAAAUAAAAUUAUCAAAGAGCAAUCAGAUUUGAGAGAAGACUGGGUUCUAGCGUCUAGGAUUAUCGAUAAUUUCUGUAUGUACACUGCUGGGAUAGUUGGAAUUCUUACAAUGAUUGUAGUAUUUUCGAGGGCACCUCGCUUUUGGAGGAACAGAUCGGAUGUGAUUGAGCAAUGAGGAAUGUCAAAGUAUAGAAAAAGAAUUAGUAAUUAAAAUAAUAACAACAAACUGGAUGCGAUUGAGUUAGCACCUUACAUGCAAUGACUUUGUAAAUCAAAUUUUAUGCAGUGUUUGAACUACAAAAACUUCACUUAGAAAAUCACUGUAAACAGCAUUACAUUAGCAAAAGAAAAACUGGUCUCAUUUCUAAUUCAAAUAAUUUGAGAAUAAAUUGUGCGCAGACUAA